CCGCGGUCCCGCCCUGCGCUCCCGGCGGCGCCGCUGGGGGCGCCCGCGCCCGGCAGUGCGAGGGCAUGGAGGGCGAGAGCACCUCAGCCCUGCUCUCGGGGUUCGUCUUCGGCGCCCUCGCCUUCCAGCACCUCAGCACCGACUCGGACACGGAAGGUUUUCUCCUUGGAGAUGUGAAAGGCGAAGCCAAGAACAGCAUUACAGACUCACAGAUGGAUGAUGUGGAAGUUGUUUAUACAAUUGAUAUACAGAAGCACAUUCCAUGCUAUCAGUUGUUCAGCUUUUAUAAUUCUGCAGGAGAACUAAAUGAACUCGCCCUGAAGAAAAUACUGUCAGGCUGCAAGAAGAAUGUAAUAGGAUGGUACAAAUUCAGACGUAACACAGACCAGAUUAUGACUUUCCGGGAACGACUUCUUCAUAAGAAUUUACAGUCACACUUAUCAAAUCAAGGCCUUGUAUUCCUUUUACUAACAUCUAGCGUGAUGACAGAAAGCUGUUCGACUUACAGACUGGAGCACGCCUUGCAUCGGCCCCAAGAAGGUCUCUUCCAGAAAGUUCCUUUGGUGGUUACCAACUUGGGUAUGGCAGAACAGCAAGGUUACAAAACAGUGUCUGGUUCCUGCGUAUCUUCUGUUUUUGUGAGAGCAGUGAGACAACACAGGUCAGAAUUCUUUUAUGAAGAUGGAUCCUUAAAAGAGGUUCAGAAGAUAAACGAGAUGUAUGCCACCUUGCAAGAGGAACUGAAGAAGAUAAGCUCUACAGUAGAAGUCAGUGAACGAUCUGUGGAGAAACUCUUAGCAGAGGUGAGCCAAUUAAAAGAAGAAAUAAAGAGGAAAAAGCAACAAAUUUGUUCAGGAACAGAGAGAGACUACCCAGGAGAGCCAAAGGAGAAUGUUUUCCUUUGUCAGGCGCUGCAAACAUUUUUCCCCAAUUCUGGAUUUCAGACAUGCAUUGUUUCCUUCAAAGGCCAACAGAUCUCCAAGAACUGCUGUAACAUUGACCAUAAUAUUAAUGUCAUGGACAAACUGACUCUCAUGGUGGAGGAAAGAGACUUCACCAAGACAAGACACCUAACCAAGCGUAAGGUCAGAGAGACUACGAUAGGAUCAAAGUCAUUCAAGAAAUCCAGAUCACUGCAGCUUCACCAAAAAUUACUUCAAGAUCAAGAGGGCAGUGAUCAGGAAAGGAAGCUUACGCCGAGUAGCACUGAAACAGAUGAGGAUGUGUUGGAAAAAAAUAGAGACACAAAUGAAUACUCACACUCCCCUACUUUCUGAUCUGUUAAUGACUUGUCAAGAUGACUCUGCACCAAAAGCUAUUGCCAGCAUAUUCAAGUGACAUUUCAAUUUAUAGCACUGCAGGGAUGAAAGUAACUGCAUUUUUUUUAACACCAUUUUUGUUCCCCUCCUCCCCAUGCAUGAAUCGCGUUUGGCAUAGAGAUAAGUCCAGAUCACAUUCCCUCAUUUUGCCUCCCAGAGUUAUAUUAGUAUUCUCUCUCAGUGUUCCAAGAUUAUGCUGGUGGGAUGUUAGUGGCCAUACAGACAUGUCACAUACUGCCUCAGGGUAAUAAAACCUUAUGCUGCUGUUGAAGCAGUACUAGCUUAACAGAAUUAGCUGUCUACAUAAAUACAAUUUAAAUAAUUUAUCAUUAGCUAUCCAGUAGUUGUUUAUUUCUCCCCUUCCAAUCCAGCAACAGAAAAAAAAGCCACUUGAACUUUAGCAAGAUCUGGUAGCAGAGGAAGU